CUGUCGUCACUGUGAGAUACAUGCGGGGGAGCUAAAUAACAGCUGAAACUCCUGUCGGGAUUUUAUAUUCUCGGAAUGAGCUGCAGCAGCUGUGUUGCUCCAGAGGAUACAGUAGGCAGUCAGGAGCAAAAAUACUGCCUGUAAGCCUUCCCCGCGUGCCCUUCUUACUGCAGAUCACAGGAGCAUGAAGACUGUUUCUCUGCAGGUCCUGUUUGUGCUGAGGGUCUUGUGGCUGGGGACCCUGACUGAAGGGCAACCUAAAGCAUCUCUGAAGUGUUCAACGGAGUGUGGCCAUUUUACAUCCAAGAUACCUGAGAAGCGGAUAAAAAGCUAUCGCAGGACUGAACCACAAUGCACCAAACAAGGCAUCAUAUUUAUUACCCAGAAGUCUUUGGAGAUUUGUGCGGAUCCAGGAGAGGACUGGGUGAAGAAGGUCAUAUGGAAAUUGGACCAGAGAAAGGCCUCAGCAGCAUCCCCACUUCCACAUGCUGCCACUUCAGCAGCAGUGCCAGAAGAUUCUGGCAUUUUUCACAGACAUGUCGGUCUUAAAGUAACAGCUUCAUCUCAAGCCACUGCUCCAACCAGUACUUUUCAAGGGGCUGGCACGACAGUUUCGGAGGGUAUAAAUGCUCCUCCUCUCAGGACAGAGGUAUCCAGCAAACCCACACCAGCCAUGCAGUACAUCACACAGUUCUCUACAGGAUCGUCCCCUGUGGUAUGGGAAAUUGCUGCCCACUCUGAAAUUAGUUCAGAAGCAAACAGAGAUUCCACAAAAGCUAUUGCACAUUCAACAACUUAUGCAGCAGGCAUGGUCCCCAACCAGUCUAUCCCAUAUUCCAUGGCCCUUGUGCAUGGCUUUGAGAACUCUGUAGGAUCUACAGAAGAACCUAUAGAAUAUACUGCAAAUGCUACAGCUGAUGUUCCAGACAUGACUUCUCCUAGCUUGAAUUCAGACCCUGUGUCCGUUACCGAAGCAUCAGACCAUUCUGUGGAUUCCACAGGUGAAUCCCUAGGCCCUAAAAGUGCAAGAGCCACCACAGCAGACAUUGCUUCUAGGCAUUUUAAUUCAGAUCUUCCCUCCAUACUAGGCAGUACUGAGAUUACCACAACCCCAACAACACCUUUUCCAGCUGUUCCACCAGAUGCUACUUCAGUUUCUACUUUAAACCCCACAACUGUCAUAAACGAAGGUUUUUCUGCCCACACCAACAAAGUUUUUGGUUCCUGGACGGAUGCUUUUGAUACUGGAACAUCUGAACAUUCAUCACCUUUAGGAAAGCAAGAUCUUCCAGAUACAUCAGCUUUUACUAGUCAAACAUUCUCAGGCCAAGCCAGAGCACAGCUGACUACAAAAAAACCAAAUGAGCCACCUUUUCCCAUCUUCUUGUCAAGAUCCCAAAUGCACUUUGUCAUCCUAGCUUCUCUGAUAGGUGGUCUGAUUGCUUGCAGUGCUGCUGCUGUAUGGCUAUAUAAAAAAUUGGGAAUCAAAAAAGAAGCAAUGCCAAUGGAAACGAUACAGGGCUUGCUUUACCAGCAGGAGGGACAUCAAGCCAGUGUCUAUCCAGUGGGAGUAAUCUGAAUGCUUUAUGGCAUGGAUGUUUUUGGCAUACAUCCUUUGUGUUGCUGCAGGAAAGCUAAGUUCAUACUGAUCUGAUGACCAGUACAAAACAAGAUAGGGAAUACAAAUACCAAAGAAAAUGUGUUUUUUGCAGAGCUGAAUGUCCAAAAAUAUAUCUAAGUUGUCAUUAACCAAUGCCAGUAUUUUAGGAAUAAAUGAUACGCCUUUUUUCUGGCACCAUUAUGUAUAAAGGGCAUUGCUGUUCUAGAGCUGCUUGGAUGCUUUUUGCCAGGUGGUGGGCCAAAGUGAGUUUCUGAAGCGGUGCUGGGAAUUUUUCUGUGUUUCAUCACAACCCAGCUGAGAAACCACCCACUCGCCCACUCUGCUCGACUCAGGCAGAGCGUUCUGCCACAUUGAGCAAUCUUAGCACCAAAACACAUAUUUUGCACUUACAGACUCUCUGCUGCUUUGUUUUUUGCACUUUGGGUCACUGCUCUGUUAGACCAAGACUGAUGUUGACAGUCAGUACCCCAUUAACUCUUGCUGGAGCCCUGAGAGGUACUAUCCAGCUUUUCAGACAAAGGUGACUAAAACUGAAUCUAAUUUGCCUACAUAUAGAGGGAAAUGAAGAUCAAUGCUAGCGGUUUCACUUUCAGAGAUGCUGACAACCCACAGUCUGUCUCUUCCUCAAAAUCAGGCCACUAUUCUCUCAAACAGCUAGGGGCAGUUGCAUUUAUAGAUUUAGCCCGAGACCUGAUUCUUGGCAAAUCUGUCUACCUGCUGUAAAAGUUUUCCAGCAGAUGUACCCUGUGUCCAGUUGUGUCCAACACCAGGGCAGGACAAUGAGGAUGAGCUGAAUUACACUGUGUGGAAGAGGAACUGUUGUGAACCAGAAAAACCUGCGGAGAAAUCAUCAGAGGGACCCAAUAACUUUGCUAUUCGUGUGAUAACGUUGGAGGGCUUUUUGCUGUGUUCUGCUGUUUAGCAAGCACAAAAAACAGGAAGUACAUUUCUGGAGUAGCUAAAUGCAAUUCUAGAUUUAGUAAUGCAGGAAUUAUUCCACUACAGCAGACUUAUCUUCCUUUCACUCCCAUAUCCUGUCUCUGGAAGUAAGCACUUUUGCUGAUCCAGAAGAAGGUAUAAAAAGACUGUUCAUGGUUCUAUGCUUUGGUCUCAUUUUAGCUUUUUUAUAUAGCAUUGAUCACUGGGCUAUUAAAGCAUCAUAACAGUAACGGAGAUUUUUUUAAACCCAAAUUGUUUCUAAUUUUCACACAUCUAGACAUCGCUGUAUGUAAGCCUAAUCUUUUAUCUCUGGCCAGUUCCUGAAGGCCCUUAUAUAACAUUUAGUCCUGCGUACCAUGCUAUGAAUUUUGCCUGAGCAUGUAAAGGUCUUCAGGAUAUGAUGUAUUUACAUGUAUUGAGGGUCUAAUCCUGCCGUGAUUAACCUCAGUGGAUCAUGUCCCGAAGUAUAAAUAUGCAUGUAGAACAAGAAAGAAAAAACAUAUAAUAAGCAAGAUGCUCAAAACAAAGAUGAUGAAGCAGCUGUGAAGCACAGCUAGAGAAAGGUUGGCCCAUUAGGUCUAUCAGAUAUCACCUUCAGGGCGUCCAUCCAGUUCUCAGGCUGGAAAUGAUCGACUGCAAUGGUGUUUGUUUUCAGAUAUCAUUCAACCCCUUAUCCCUGCGGUUCUUUUCUGACUUGGAAGAGGGAACCAGAGAUUUGUUUGGGGGUUUGAAGGUAGAAGAGGCACAGAAUGCAAUCAGAUUAAUUAUAAUCAGGAACCUCAGGUGAAAUUCACCCUUGUGCGGAAGCCUCCCUGUGCAGCCCCGGCCCUGUAGCACUAGAUGGGGUUGAUUUACCCAAAGGAUUGCAGCAACUGUCAGUGCUGCCUCCCCACCCAUCCCCUUCCUGCACACAGGAUUUCCACCAGCUAGAGUUUGUGGCCUUGCAGUUUGUGGAACACUGUACUAUAGCAUUAUUUUUAUAUAAAAUAGGAGAAAUGUUAUUUUUGUAGCGGAGUUUUGUAGUGAUGCAAAUGUAUGCAAUGUCUUGUUCUUGUGCGUGGAGUGUCGUAGAGUCUGGAACUAGACUAUGCCAUGCUGAGAAAUACUAUGCCUUAUUGAUAUUUUUACUAGUCUUGGAUGGUUUGAGUGUGUCCACAAGAGCAGGGUUGCUCUUGAGGUUUUCCGUGGGACACGGGUAGGCAGGACAAAACUCUGUAUUCAUCCUUAAGAGCUGUCACUGUGUACUGUUAUUCUUGCUCACUUUCCAAGCUGUGGGUCACAAUGGUACAGAUCACAGUCACAGUGGGUACAGGUAAAACUACAAUCUCUCCAGAUACUGUGGCAAAUGGAGUCGUUUUCCUGUGGUUUUCUUCCCUCCAAACUAGUUGUGAGCAAAGGCCUCAGCCAUGCUGCGGAGAUAAAGGUGUAGCCCUGCAGACCUGAUCACUUCGAGUCCCACAUCAGCGUUCAGAAGGACGCAGGUUUCAUUUCCACAGGCCAGCUCACCUGCCCAUGAUCUGCCAGCCACCAUGGUCAUGCUGGCGCUCGUUGUGGGGGUGCUUCUCCAGCCUUGAGCUGUCCUCACGCUUGCCGCGCUGGUGCGUUUCCAUGGCUAUUAGUGAGUCUGCCCAGGGGGAGCCCAAAAGCCAUGUCCCCUCCUAAUGCUCAGCUCUCCUUACCCUGCUGCUGGCUGCAGCCGUGCUUGUCACCGCAGGGUGCUGGCACCCUGCCCUCAGGGUCUUCAGGGAUACUCGGGAGGGCAGCCAGGGUUUCCCUGUGGGACCUUUCCUUUCCCUCUCUGCCCCGGAGAGGGAUUUGAGCAGCUGCUGGGGGCAUGAAAUGGCAUUUUUUUUUAAACUGGGGCAGUUUCUUCCCUAACCAUCACAGCUGGGGCAGUGAGAGGACCACUGUUUCUCCUUGCUGUGUGAUGGACAGUUUGGAAAGGCACAAGGUGAAUGUAGCUGUUUGCUGCUUGUGGGUGACACACUCAGAAACAUGAAGCCUGUAAGUAUUACAGGUUCACAGGAUUUAAGCUGUAAUGUGUCCUGGAGAGCCAUGAAUGUUAUAAGCUCUGACACAUUUGUGUACUGAGUGUAUACAAGUGUGAUAUAUAUUUUCUGUAUUUCUUUUUGGACUAAAACGUAAUAAAAUUCUUAUGUUAAAAA